CAACCGAGGCUUGAAGAAACCAAUUGGUAAACAGUUGUUAAUCAACCUGGAAGAACUUCUAGAGUUUUACUCCCCCAAACCUCAAGCACAGAGGUGAAACAACCCCCCACCCUAAUUCCCUGGGGCCCCCUCCUCCCCCCUUGCCUCCGUGCUCAGGGGACGUCACCCAGCAGCGAUGGGACUGGAGGCUGGAGUCUAGGGGCAAAACGAGGGCAGAUCCUAUGAAGAAACUCUGAGAGGAGGCGUAAAAAGUACUGCUCUGCUCAGUGUACAUACCAGCAUAUGAAUAAGUGCUGAGCACAGUGCUGAAGCAGAGUUUCGAGGCAGCAGUUCAUGGGAGCAGUGGAUCUUAUUUGACUUUUUACCUGCACUUUAUGUGCAGCUGACCUGCUGUGCAAGCUGGAAAAAAACGCACUGACACUUCCGACAGCCUGUUUUUUUGGUGUCUGAACCUAGACCCUUCAUAUCCCCGCAGAGUCAUUCUAACAGCAGGUGUCAACAUGUUGGAACAGGUUCUGUCAUUCGGCCGCUCCCUGGUGCGCAGGAAAGUGGUCGACAUGAGCAGCCUGGAGGACUCAAAGCUGUGCCGCUGCCUAGGAACCGUCGACCUCAUUGCCCUAGGAGUUGGCAGCACUCUGGGUGCCGGCGUCUACGUCCUGGCCGGCGAGGUGGCAAAGGGCGACUCAGGCCCCAGCAUAGUCAUCUCCUUCUUAAUUGCAGCCCUAGCCUCGGUCAUGGCCGGCCUGUGUUACGCUGAGUUUGGCGCACGCGUCCCCAAGACCGGCUCUGCUUACCUUUAUAGCUAUGUGACUGUAGGAGAGAUCUGGGCCUUCAUCACGGGUUGGAACCUGAUUCUCUCCUAUGUGAUUGGUACCUCCUCAGUUGCCAGGGCUUGGAGUGGCACAUUUGAUGAAAUCAUAGGGGGACACAUAGAGGUAUUCUGUAAGAACUACUUCAGAAUGAACUCUCCUGGUUUGGCUCAGUACCCUGACUUCUUUGCCGUCUGCCUGAUACUGCUGCUUUCUGGACUCCUGUCGUUUGGUGUGAAGGAGUCAGCCUGGGUCAAUAAAGUCUUCACGGCAAUCAACGUGCUCGUACUCUUGUUCGUCAUCAUCUCCGGCUUCGUCAAAGGAGACACACACAACUGGAAGAUAACUGAAGAAUCCCUUAUAAAUGUCACCAUAGUUACAAGGAACUUGACGGUGACGGCCAACGUGAGCAGUGAUUAUGGAGUCGGAGGAUUUAUGCCCUACGGCUUCAGUGGGACCUUAGCUGGGGCUGCCACCUGCUUUUACGCUUUUGUUGGAUUUGACUGCAUUGCAACUACAGGCGAGGAGGUGAAGAACCCUCAGAGAGCCAUUCCCAUCGGCAUCGUGGUGUCACUGACCGUGUGUUUCCUGGCGUACUUUGGCGUGUCAGCCGCACUCACACUGAUGAUGCCCUACUACCUGCUGGACGAGAAGAGUCCUCUGCCCAUGGCUUUUGAAUAUGUGGGCUGGGGCCCUGCAAAAUAUGUGGUCGCUGCAGGUUCACUGUGUGCCCUCUCCACCAGUCUGCUGGGCUCCAUUUUCCCCAUGCCUCGUGUAAUCUAUGCUAUGGCACAGGAUGGGGUGCUUUUCAAAGUCUUAGCCCGAAUCAAUCCUAAGACGAAGACCCCACUUAUUGCCACUAUGACAUCCGGUGUAGUAGCAGCCAUCAUGGCCUUCCUGUUCGACCUAAAAGCUCUGGUUGACAUGAUGUCCAUUGGAACUCUGCUGGCCUACUCGCUGGUUGCUGUGUGUGUUCUGAUUCUCAGGUACCAGCCAGAUGGAGUCCUAGAGCGGCGGGCAGGCACCGGUGAGAGGGACUACCUGUCCUCUGUGGAGGGUGAGUCUGAACUGACAGAGUCUGAGUCCCACCUAAACAUGCUGAAAGGUGGCAGCUCCACCCUGCAGACUGUCCUGCACCCUCCUGCCUCACCCUCUGAGCAUUCCUCCAGUGUGGUCAACAUGUCCGUCUGUGUGCUAGUGCUGGUAGUGUGCGUGGUCAGCUAUCUCACCACGUACCACAUCUACUCCAUCCUUGGUAUGGAGGUGUGGAUCCUGGCGUGCCUGUCCGUGUGUCUCCUCAUCUUCAGCGGCUGCGUCUUCAUGGUCUGCCGACAGCCUCAGACCAGCACCAAGGUCUCCUUCAUGGUUCCCCUUCUGCCUUUUCUGCCCAUUCUGAGCAUAUUUGUCAAUAUUUACCUCAUGGUUCAGCUGAGUGGAGAUACCUGGAUACGUUUCUCCGUGUGGAUGGCUGUGGGCUUCCUGAUCUACUUUGGCUACGGCAUGUGGCACAGUGUGGAGCGCCAGCACAAACUCCAGGGUCCUUUAAACAGCAGCAGCACCCAGAAACACAACAAGACAGGCGGGGAGAAGCCGGUUGGUGUGGGUGCAGUGGGAAAAGACCUGGAUAGUUUGAUUUGCCCAGAAAAGACCAGCCGGUGUUAGAGUGAAAGAUUCUGUGAGGUGACAGAUGCAUAAAAGCACCCAGCAGCUCUGCCUUGAUGCACAUGUUCACACAGCUUCACCAUGUGUGCGUCAGUCACAAACACAUUCUGUCUGCGAUGGCAACAUCAGUACUCUGAAUCAGCGGCCACACAAUGGGGAGCCGCUCCGUCACUGUGAUGGAUCCACAUCCUGUUAGGUCCCAUUGCGCUUUAUGGACAGCAUGGAUGCAGAAUUGAAAGGACAGGUAACACACUGGAGGGUGAUGAUCAUUUUUCUUUAACACUGAAGCAGCCGAUACAAGACUGCAGCAACGCUUUUCUCUUUCAUUAUGGACUUUUUAGUGCAUGACACACAUUUUGUCUUUUCUGUUAAUGUCGCAUUUUAAGCAGGUUUGUACGAGUGUUUAAAAAAAAAAAGAAAAGUAAAGUCUUGGAAAUCUGUGUUAUCCAUUUAACAGUAUUAUUAGAUUUCAUUGCACCAAUUAUGAACUACUAUUAAGAGUAAUUUUCUUUGACAUAAGUGUAGGAUGCUGAAAAAGAACCAACAUUAGUUAAAGAUAUGCUGCCAAUCAUAAAGUUGAAAUAUAUUUUAGAGCUAUUUUUGUGCAGAAUUGUUUUUAUUUGCAUACAUGUGAAAUUGUGAUUAUAUGUAUAAAAACACCAUCAAGACGCCGCCCCAUUUAGACACAAUGUACAACAUGUCAAAUAGUUUUGUCGGCACUUAACAUGUUACCACUCGGCUAAUAGAAGUAGGCCAUAAGUGCUGGUGGAGAAUGUCAGGCUUCUGUAGGUGUUAUGUAACAGAUCAUAUCAAUAUUUGCUGUACUUAUUGAGGUAGGUGUAGCUGUUGUGGUGGCUUCAUCCAGGACAGGUUUUUUUUUUUUUUUUUUUUUUUUUUGCUUGGGUGUGUUUUAUCUAUGAACUGUUACAAUCUGAAUAUGAAGAUUGUUAUUUGAUACGGAACUUUACUCCAAAUGUAUUUUUAGUAGUAGUAUUUUUCUAUCAGAUAACGUCUUGCUGUAUUUUCCAGUUUGUCUGAUACGUUGUGCUAUUUUGAUACAGUUGCAGACAUGCUGUUAUAAUAACCUUCAUGAAAUAAUUCUCUCUUAAGCUGAGUACUUUGCCACCUAACAAGAAGCACAACAAUUAAUGACAAGUUAAAGUAUUACUGUAUAUAAACAAAGGUAUGUAUUGCCAUAUCAUUUAGAUGAAUUGGGGCAUUUAUUUUAGGUUUCUUCUCUUGUGUUCAGUGUCUUACUUCGAAGCCUGGAGUCUGUGAUGCUUUAUAACCGGCUUGUACUGAACUGCAUAAAGAUUCAGCGCUUAUAUUCUUUCCUCUGAGCUUUUCAGGGGCCACCCUUGUAAGGCUCAGUGAGCUCUAGUUAAAAGUAGAAAUAUGUUUGCUGUACUGCCAGUGUUUUACAUCAAUCCUACACUCACUGAACCUAGGGGUUAAUAACAUAUGUGUACCGAGUCAAACGUUCUCUGGGAUAUGUUUUCAUGCUAAGCAAAUGUGUCUCUAGCUUUAAACAAGCUACCGCAAACAGGUGGUUAGCUGCUUUAUAAUCUAUCUUUUUAAUAAACUUUCUGUAGACUUACAAAGUUCUCAAUGUUUCGGUUUACAUGUAGGGACCCUCAUUAUGCUACCGUUGAAGUGUGGUGCUAUUUUGAGCCUUGUGGUAUAAAAUAGCGAUUUACCAUUUGCCCCGAAAGCUAGAGUUAGCAGCUAACCACCGGUUUGCGUUAGCUUGUUUCAAGCUAGAGACACAGUCGAUUAGCAUGAAAACAUGUCCCAGAGAAUGUUUGACUCGCUACACAUAUGUUAUUAACCCCUAGGUUAAUAUUGCACCGGAAUAGUCCUUUAAGCGGUCACAUACUGAGGCUGUAGGAUGUUGGGGAUUGAUGGAUUGAUAUGUGCAGUGUGGUGGUUUAAAUGAAUGUGGAACAAAUACAGAAGCUAGUCUUGGCAGGAGUAAGGUAAGGUGAGGUAGCUAUUCUACUACACUGAACCUCUACAUUAACAGUGUAGAGUCUUCCAGUGAGGUUACAGGCUAUAAAGUACAUAGAAGUAACCAUGAUGUCAGCAUCAUUUGUUACCAACUGCAGACUAGUACAAUAAAUGUAUUUUCCAGUAA